AUGGAACAAAAUGAAGGUGAACAGGAAUCCCAGCCAGAGAGUCACGUGGAUGGCAAGAGCAGCGUGAAAUCCUUGCCUGGGGGAGCAGCCCAUGUCAAACUAGAGAUAAAAAAACACGCAGUUACAGAUGACUACAAACUCUCCAAACGGGUGCUAGGGUUAGGAAUCAAUGGCAAAGUACUGGAGUGUUUCAACAAGGAGACAGGCCAGAAAUGUGCUUUGAAGCUCCUGUAUGACAACCCAAAAGCCCGUCAGGAAGUAGAAUAUCAUUGGCGAGCAUCAGGGUGUCCUCACAUUGUCCAUGUCCUGGAUGUUUAUGAGAAUAUACAUCAUGGAAAGAGAUGCCUCCUCAUUGUCAUGGAAUGCAUGGAGGGAGGAGAGCUGUUUAGCAGGAUCCAGGAGAGAGGAGAUCAAGCUUUCACUGAGAGAGAGGCCUCUGAAAUAAUGAGAGACAUCGGAACAGCCAUCCAAUAUCUGCAUUCAAUGAACAUUGCCCAUAGAGACGUCAAGCCUGAGAACUUGCUUUACACGUCUAAAGAGAAGGAUACUGUACUCAAACUCACAGACUUCGGCUUUGCCAAAGAAACCACUGUACAAAAUGCGCUGCAGACCCCCUGUUACACUCCUUAUUAUGUGGCCCCAGAAGUCCUUGGUCCUGAGAAGUAUGACAAAUCAUGUGACAUGUGGUCUUUGGGUGUCAUCACAUAUAUUCUCCUGUGUGGGUUCCCUCCAUUCUACUCAAACACUGGUCAAGCCAUUUCUCCAGGGAUGAAGAGAAGAAUUCGGAUGGGGCAAUAUGGGUUUCCCAAUCCAGAGUGGGCUGAAGUAUCAGAGGAAGCCAAACAACUGAUUCGCCAUUUACUGAAGACUGACCCAACAGAGAGGAUGACAGUUUCUCAAUUUAUGAAUCACCCUUGGAUUAAUAGAUCAAUGGCAGUGCCACCAACUCCUCUUCAUACUGCACGGGUCCUGCAAGAGGAUAAAGACCACUGGGAUGAAGUCAAAGAGGAGAUGACCAGCGCUUUGGCUACCAUGAGGGUGGACUAUGAUCAGGUCAAAAUCAAAGACUUGAAAACAUCCAACAACCGCCUCCUGAACAAACGCCGUAAGAAGCAGAAGCAGGCAGGCACCUCUUCUGCAGCCCCAGGGUGCAAUAACCAGUGAGAAGAGAAGGCAAGGACCUGUGGGUGGAGGGUAAAAAUUAAAAGGAACAAUUUAAAAUCAGUAUGAUCAACUCAGUCCGUACCACAAAGGCAGUGAGACUGUGAAGAAGCUAUCCUGCAAAGAGGGAGCAGCGUGAAAGAUUACAUUUUUAUAACUUGAAUCAAGGCUUUGCUUUUAAAGGCUGAUGUACAUGACAUGAUGCUGUUGCAUAUUGCUAGGGA